UGCAUUUUCUUUCCUUAAUUUUCUAGGGAAAAUUGCAGUUUAGUGAGCGGGAGUGGUGCUAGAUUGGUGAUCGUGUUAUAUGAGGAAGUAGUUUUUCGUAUUUUCGUGUUUUAUUUGAAAUUCUUUUAUUUAUCGUGACCGGACUAGUCGUAAUUUUAAUAGUUAAGUUUUAAAUAUGUGCCCGUUUGAAAUCUAGAUACAAUGUUUCGCUGUAUACCGAUAUUUAAGGGUUGCAACAGGCAAGUGGAGUUUGUUGAUAAAAGACACAGUUCUCUUGUAAAUGUGCCCGAGGAUAUAUUACGUUAUUCGAGGAGUUUAGAGGAACUUUUACUAGACGCCAACCAUAUCAGAGAUCUUCCCAAGAACUUCUUUCGACUCCAAAGGCUUAGGAAGUUAAGUUUAAGUGACAAUGAAAUUCAAAGGCUACCCUCUGACAUACAACACUUUGAACAUUUAGUUGAAUUGGAUGUAUCAAGAAAUGACAUUCCCGAGAUCCCAGAGGCGAUUGGACACCUACAGGCCCUACGGGUGGCCGAUUUCAGCUCGAACCCGAUCGCCCGACUACCGGUCACGUUUCCCCAACUGAAAUCGCUGACCACCCUCGGUUUGAACGACAUGUCGCUGACCAGCUUACCGGCGGAUUUCGGACAGCUCACCUCCCUUACUUCCCUGGAGCUUCGUGAAAAUUUACUUAAGGAGCUGCCCCCCUCCUUCAGUCUACUCGUGAACUUAGAGCGGCUAGAUUUGGGUGAUAAUGAAAUUGAUGAACUGCCACCUCAUAUAGGAAAACUGCCUGCUUUACAAGAACUAUGGCUGGACCAUAACCAAUUGCAAUCACUUCCCUCCGAAAUUGGACAACUACACAACCUGAGCUGUUUAGAUUUAAGCGAGAAUCGACUGGAAUUUUUACCUGAAGACAUUGCCGGAUUAGAAAGUUUAACGGACCUGCACUUAUCGCAGAAUGUAUUGGAAACGUUGCCGGACGGUAUCGGCAAGUUAGAAAAGCUCACCAUACUUAAGGUCGACCAAAAUAGACUUACCUCAUUAAACACACACAUAGGCUGCUGUCAUAACCUGCAGGAACUGAUAUUGACAGAAAAUUUUCUUAGCGAAUUGCCUACGGAGAUAGGCAAACUUACUAAGUUAACUAACUUAAAUGUAGAUAGGAAUAGUUUAACUAGUAUACCUGAAGAAAUAGGUAAAUUACGUGAAUUAGGAGUAUUAAGUUUGCGAGAUAAUAGACUGACUUCGUUGCCCGAUACGUUGGGCAACUGCAUUAGAUUGCACGUCUUAGACGUAUCUGGAAACAGGCUUCCGUAUUUGCCUGACACGUUGUUGCAGCUUUCUCUUAAGGCUGUUUGGUUGAGUGACAACCAAGCUCAACCGUUACUAACGUUCCAGACUGAUACUGAUCCAGACACAGGUAAAACAGUGCUCACUUGUUUCCUUCUACCUCAGCAAGAAUAUCAACCGACCAUAACUUUGGCCGAUGGUCGUUUGUACCGUUGCGAUUUGAAUACCGGUCUGAGUAAUGGCACUUUGUCUCGACUCACAGCCUCGACCAAGGACGACGUAUCGGACGAUUGGCAGGAACAGGAGGCGAGCAGGACGCACAGCGUCAAGUUCACCGACAACCAGGACCAGGAGAAUAAGGAGACACCUUUCGUGCGUCAAAACACCCCGCACCCGAGGGAACUAAAAGCGAAAGCUCACAAAUUAUUCGGCAAAGGACAGUUAAACAAUUCUUUAGAAUAUUCGGAUACGCGGAUAACGGACGGCUCAACCGAAAACAAUAAAUUAAAUGAAUCAGUGAAAGUACCGAACGAAGCGGUCAAUCAGCAUGUACAGCACGUUGCUGUCCAACCGCAGCAACCGAUUUCCGGGGCAGAUGCAAAAAUAAUCAGCAACCCGAUAGUUGCUGACUUGCUGCCGAAAUCGGAUGAAGAUCGUUCGCCUUCGGUGGCUUACAACCAUGACGACAGCGAUCCUAGUCAGGAUGAUGAAUUAGACGAGGAGUUCCUCAGACGUCGAGUUGGAUUCGUCUCAUCCGACGGCGACAGUGACAGUCAGAAGAAUGCCGAUAAACAGUCGAAAUUGCACAGGCGUGAUACACCGCAUCAUUUGAAAAACAAAAGGGUGACAACGCCGGUGGACAAAGAUAAGGUGGCCAGUAUCAUCGCACAGGCUAUCAAGCGAAGAGAUGAAACCAGCGAAUCGGAUCAUCUGAGUGUCUCUACCAAUCCAGAAUCAGCCGGAGACCAUAGUUCUACUAGCAGUCAAGCGGGUGAUUCAGCAAACAGCGAUCCAACAGUUGAAGUACGUGAAGAGAAGUUCAAUAUACGAAUCGAGCGUUCCAAUGCCGGUUUGGGUCUGUCCAUUGCAGGCGGUCGAGGCUCGACACCGUUCAAAGGAGAUGACGAGGGAAUUUUCAUAUCCAGAGUAACCGAAGGGGGUCCGGCUGACUUGUCUGGUCUAAAAGUAUCCGAUAAAGUCUUGAAAGUUAACGGAAUCGAUGUUAGUGAUGUGUCUCACUACGAGGCCGUCGAGAUUUUGAAAGCUUCUGGUCAAGUAUUAGAACUAGAGAUUAUUAGGGAAAUAGCCAGGCUAAUAAAAAACAAGCCAUCAGAAGUAACAAGCAUUGCAAGCUCCGAUCAAAGCAUUAAUACCCCAAAUCAAAAUAGUACUUUAUCGAAAAAACCGGAGACUUACCACAUUACGCCGCCACCGCCAUUGCCCCCAAUAAAUAACAACGUGGAAACGAAGAAGAUCCUGGUGCACACGACCCUUAUAAGAGAUUCGAGGGGUUUAGGCUUUAGCAUUGCAGGGGGUAAAGGAAGUCAACCAUUCAAGGCCGACUCUGACGCGAUUUACAUUUCGAGAAUAACAGAGGGAGGUGUGGCGGAUAAAGAUGGAAAAAUCGCUUUGGGCGAUCGUGUGGUUUCGAUCAACGGCGUCGAUCUGAGCGACGCCUCGCACCAACAGGCGGUGAAUCUUCUCACCGGUUUGGAGCGGUUCGUUAGGCUCGUGGUGGAACGCGAGAUUUCCAUAGAUGAUCCAGCACCACCGGGCGCAUCUCCAUCCCCUGGUCCCCACCAAAGCCCGAAACUGUUCGGUUUACCUAAACCGUACACAGGAUUUUACAGUUCGAAUAGUUAUAUGGCCAAUCGCCCAUUUAGUAGCUCGUACAGGAGAUCCAUGGAGAGCGAUUUAAGUAAAAAAAGCGAAUCUCCCGAACCAAAAAGCAAUAAGACCACCCCGGAAACCACACCGACAUCGGCCACCCGAGAUCCGCCAAAAGAACUGCCAAAAUCGAAUGGACUCGGCCAUAACCACGUGACAACACCGUUGACUUAUACGGCAACUGCCACCCCCCAAAAUUACGACGCCCCAAAACCAGCGCCGCGACGUCUAAACAGUACGGAGAACAACUUACCGAAACCGCCUACGCCGCCCCCGCAAGCUCGACCCUCGCCGACCACGACCAAUAAUAACCAUAAGAAAGCGACCCCGACCGCGUCGAUCGAGAGCGACGAUCAGGUACUGCCACGACCAAUCACGAACGAAGAGUUUCAAGCCAUGAUCCCGCCACACUUCCUACCCCCCGAAUCCCGUAAAAAACCAAAAACCUCCGAAAGUGAUCCCGAACCGUCGAUUAAUAAUGGAAACGCGACCGCGUCGGUUACGACGGUGACGAUCCGGAAACCGGAUACGAUCGAACUUCCUCCCGCGCCUACCGGUCCCGGUCGUGUGACCGAAACGAUCACGAAAAGCACCUUCACCGAAACGGUCGUCACCCGAGUCACGGACAAUAAGUUGAUGACGUCGCUGAUCAUUGAGGAUGUUACCCUGUCCAAGGAGGGAGGCUCGUUGGGCUUCAGCAUUAUAGGUGGUACCGAUCAUUCCAGCAUACCAUUUGGCGAUAAAGAACCUGGAAUAUUUAUUUCACAUAUGGUUCCUGGAGGUACGGCAGCCAAUUCGGGAAAACUGCGAGUUGGAGACAGAAUAUUGAAAGUAAACGGCGAAGACAUCACCAACUUUAGUCAUGAAGAUGCGGUUAUGGCACUGUUACGACCAGGAGAUAAUAUAACGCUAACGGUGCGACACGAUCCCUUGCCCGAAGGAUAUCAGGAAUUAAUAAUUGAAAAGGGAGAUAGCGAAAGACUGGGCAUGCACAUUAAAGGCGGAUUGCAGGGGCAGAAAGGAAACCCCUUGGAUCGUUCCGACGAAGGAGUUUUCAUAUCGAAAAUUAACACAGUUGGAGCGGCACGAAGAGAUGGGCGUUUAAAAGCAGGAAUGCGAUUGAUAGAAGUCAAUGGCAGAUCGCUCCUGGGAGCAACCCACGCGGAAGCGGUUACAAUUCUUAGGCAAUGCGGUAGUAAGAUCCACAUGAUCGUUUGUCGUGGAUACGAAAAGUCCGACAUUGAUAAAGCAAUAGCGGAAGGUCGUUUGACGAGAGGAGGGUCGGUCAGUAGCCGGUCGCAGAGUGUCAGCAGCUUGGACGUUCCCGAUGAUGAUAUUUAUCAGCUUGAAAAAGAUGACGUCGAAAAGAGGCUUCAACCCCUUCACCAGUCAGAUGAUGAUCUUACGCUGGUGGAGGCCAAGCCACCCACCCCUGCAGAAAAGGUAUUGGAUGUAGUGCAUGCAGUCGAGACGUUAGCGAAAGGACCGCAAGAAAAUAACGCCCAACCCCCGAAGUCUCCAGAACUGAAAACUACCACGAUAGUCAUGAGCAAACAUACGUUGGCACCUCAGACGACUGAAUACGCCGCAACUCUUCCGAAACCUUCGAAAGCCAACUCUGAUGUAAUCGGUGGAACCUUGCCAGCUAAAACGCGAUCCAUAUCAACCGAAUCCCUUGAUGAAUUGUUACAGGAGAGUCCUAAAGUGAGAGUAAACAGAUCUCAAAGUGUCGACGUACUUUCUAGUAUGCCUCCCGAGGAUCAGGACAGUUUGGUUGCCUCGUUUGAUAUCAGCGAUGUUCCUUCGCCGGUGGUGUUACCGCCACCACCCGAUUUUGAUCCUAUUGAACCAAAUAAAACUCAAACUUCAGUUACUACUACAAAUUUAACUUAUUCUCUAGCGAACGCUGCUAAUAGCAACCACUAUCCUUGGCACUUAGUGCAACAACCGCCCACGAUCAAUGUCUACAACCAUUUUCCUGCUCCUAAUCUUUUUGCAGCACAAUAUGGGUUGCCACAAGUAAACACUUUCAGCCCCCAAGACUCUCCAGGCAACUUCAACAAUCCCGCUCCUACUUUAUACACUGAGAUGCUAAUGUCUCCUCCAGUUAAACAGCACUUUUCAACCUUCGAAAACGACUUACCGGUGUCUCCUCCCCCUCCCGAGGUGACACCACUAUUACUUGACGAUGAUAUACUCAAAGUACCUCGUCCUCCACCCAUUGACUCAAACAAAAUUUCUCCUGUUGAAGAUCAACCUCCACCUCUUCCAAAAACACCUCCACCUCCUCUAUCACCAAUUUCCCCGAGGCGCAGGCGUAUAAUAAUAAAACCGACAACUAAACCUCCUCCUGUACCGGUCAAACCGACCAAACUGAGGACGUUUCACAGUGAAGAAACGUUGCUCAAUUGCGAUCCUGACUUUUUUCAAUUUUCGAGUGUCGAGGAGAUUACACGCCCCAUAUCGAUCGCUAUUGAUAAUGAUUUUGGACUUGGCACUAAGGAUACGCUGUAUAAGAAAUUUAGUAAGCCGCCCCAGAGCCCCACUCACCAAACGGUUAAACAAUCAGUCAGCGACAGAAAGAAGUUCUUUGAAGCAGCAAUGGAAGAGAGCCAGAGACCUGCUAAAAAAGAAAAAGUGUUUAGCUAUUUAAGUCCCGACGAAAUCGAGAAGUUAAAGGCCGAGGAAGAUCGAAAAAUCUCGAGUUUGUCCACAGCAGAAAUUAGCUCAUUGCAGGCUUUAAGUCAUUCGGAUAACGAAUCACUAGAAUCUCAACCCACAAGCCGUCCGUCAAGCACUAUAGGUAUAGUGAGGACCGCGAAGGCGGAACGAAGGUUACGCGAUAAGAUGCGCGAGGAGGGCCUCCUCACUGACGAAGACGAAUCCGGUCUGUCGCCAGCCGAAGCGAGGGCCCUCAGGGCCGAAAAAAAAGCGGCAUGGAGAGCGGCCAGAUUAAAAUCAUUAGAACAAGACGCCAUCCAAGCCCAGAUGGUUAUCAAAUCGAUGACCGAUAUGGUCGCAGCCGGAGAAAUUCCGAUUCCUACAACCGACGGCAGCGCUGAGUUACCGGGCGUCCAAGUCGACCUUAAAACUAACAGCAUGCAGUCGCCCCCACUACUACUGCCGAUGCCCGACGACGACGAAGAGACCGCAACCCUACGUCCGUCCUCUGCCGAUUUUCCGCGACUGACCCUACGUGAAAAACCAGUUGCGGCACGUACGGUGCGAGAGAGCGAGAAGGUACUCGGCAAGACAGAGAAAACGAAACAGGAAGAGUACGUGGACGAGUUAACGGGCGAGCGGAAAGUACGCACGCUCGUCGUCGUGGAGACCCUGAUAGAGCGAGAGGUCGAGACGUUGGAAGAAAAAAUCUUAUCGCUAGAAUUAACGAAACCGGACGAGAAGCGGGAUAGUUCAAAGGAGGAUGACGAUUCGGCCAAUCAGGGACAAGCCGAAGACUACGACACGGAAACGACCGAACCGCCAACUCCCACCGCCGAGGACAAACCGAUUAUAUCGGUUAACGAUGGGGGAACCCCCAAUAAGAAAAAACGCAGGAGGAAGUCCAAAAGGGGAAAAAAUUAACUUUGGCUCCAUUUAAAUCGACAACAAAAAAUUUAUUUAUUUAUAGUUUAUUGAAAUCGAUGCAGAAUUUUAUAAAAGGACAAACACUACCGUGUAGGAGUAUAGGGAUCUCGUCCAAAAAAAUCGAGUUUUAAAACGCAUUCGACAGCAUUUUAUGAUUAAGUCUUGUAUUACUAGAAGAACAACUAUUUUGGCUAAAAUUAUAUGCAAAUUUUGUGCGAUAUAAUUGAAAAUAUCAUAUGUCAAUUUUCAUCAAUGUAUCAUCCACCUCGUGUUUUAAUGAUUGCAGCUCAAAUUCUUAAAAGCCUUUCGACCAAUUUUUGAAGUGUUUGUGUGUCGGACGUUGAAUUCAUUUAAUUUAUGCAAUUUGUCACUGAAAUCACCGUUACGAUACAUAUUUAUUACAGUUGUUAUUUCACAGUACUUUAAACACAGUUAAGGUCAAAAUCUUACCGUUCAAGCCGAUAGUUUCGGGUGGCCGAAUCUUUUAAAUGCCUGAUCAAAUGUGUUUUUUUAUCAGGUUUGAGUUGUUGUUCUUAAAAAAUCACUACUGAGAUGCACACAUCAAUUACCAGCUUGAAGGUGGUAAAAUAUUUGUCUCACCAGUGAUUUUUAAAACUUUAUUAAUUUUUAAUGAUGAGCUUGACUUUUUCUUAGCUAAAUCACUUUAAAUUCUUAUCACUUUCGAGCAACCGAGCCUUUAAAAUCACUACUGAGAUCAAUAUAUCAAGCUUCAUCUUGGAGGUGAUAAAAAUAUUUAUCUCGCCAGGGAUUUUUAAGGAGUGUUUAGUUAUUUUCGUAACACACUGUUGAAAGGGUUUAUUUACUUAUUAAAAAAUUCCCAAUUUUCUGUUAUUUCGUUAAUUAAAAUCACAGUUGACAAAAAUCUGUUAUCACAUCGAAUCCAAUAAGAGAACAAAAUCGGGCUCAAACAUUCGAACUUUUUAAUUCACCGAACAAAUAGAUCUGAAGUAUUCUUACGAUAACUUAUCGGUUGAUCCUUUGAAAAUCAAUGCUGAGAUAAACAUGUCAGUCUCAAAAAAUAUUUUUCUUAAACAGUGAUUUUUUAAUUUUGUUUAUUUUCCACUUUUCGUAAAAUAUAAGUCCCUCUAUUUCUAAUCAGUGACAAAGCUUUUCAUGAGAUCCACUGCUUCAUUAUAAAAUCCUACAGAACCAAGAAUUGACAAGAAGAUCUCUUCAAACUCAGUCACUUCAGUAGUUUUUAAGAAAAUCGACCUUAAAUGACAGUGACUUCUGUAAACAGGCAAGUGACGCACAUCUAAUUAAAGCCUGGAUAACUAGAAAAAUAUUGGUCUGACACUUUUGGACCGAAGACAUUAUUUUUAGAGAAUUUAAUUCUAAAUUGCAGUUAGUUCCAUUAAUAUAGCUUCAUUAGUUUUUGAGAAAAUCCACUUUAAAUGACAGUGGUUUUGCUAAAAAGGCAUGCGACGUCAUGGAUAACUGGAAAAGUAGAUAUUGGUCCGAGACUUUUGGACCCUAAGUACCAUUUCUAGGGAAUUUAAUUCGAAGUUCGUUGCAACUGGUUUCAUUCAGAUCGCUUUUGCAGUUUUUGAGGAAAACCACUUUAAAAGACAAUAAUUUUGGUAAAGAGGAUCUGAGAUUUUUAGGAAAUUUAGAUUUAUCAAAUUAAGAGCAGAAUAUUGUGACAUUCAAUGUGUUCCUUCAGCAUUAUUCCUUCGAUAUUCAUUGUCUUCUAGUCUAGCCAAUCGAUGCUAUUUUUAACACGCUUUUAUUAGCUGGGGUUGUAUCUAUGUAUGUAUGUAUGUAACGGAACUUUUGAGCAUAAUUUUCACUGGUUUCCAAAAGUCACUUUUCACACGUAUCAAGGACCGAUGACAUAGCAAUAAUUUGAUUACAAUUUCCCAUUAUCUUUAUUAGGAUUGCCAGGAUUAAUAAAUUCUUUUUUAUUUGCACUGACACACAAGUUUCAAAAACAAUAUGCGGUCAAUAACAUUUAAACGGGUGUGUAUAUAGUUGCACGGAGGGCCAGCAAAAUUUUGCAUUCAUUGCUUUUUACUCCGAUUUGAAUUAUUCUAUUAAUAACUUAAAUUUUAUUAUGAUUUUUUUAUUUGAGGUAAUUAAUUAUGAUUGAUUGUCCGGCCUUCUACUACUGUAAUAAAAACUCUUUUUAAUUAAAAAUUUUUUUCUGCUUUUUAGUUCGAUUAGCAAUAAAAGCGUGUUCUUUUAGUUUUUUUUAACUAUUAUUUAUUUCCUGCGGCUCGUUGGAACCCUUAAUUCAUCUUUAAAUAUCUAAAAAAGUGUUUUUGUUGUUUUUUUGCAAAAAAAACGCAUGUCCCUAAAUCCCAAAAUUAAUGUCCCUUGAUAUUAAUUUUGUUAUAAAAGGGACAUGACUGCAUUUGCAGACCAAUUGCUUUGGAAAGAUUUAUUUUUAAACUUUAAUACCUACCUGUUAGUUACAUAUUUAUAAAAAUAAAGCAGUAUAACACUAAAAAACAAAAACGAAAACACCAAAAUAAAAAAAAUCAAAACGGUUCAACAAAAAUUAAAACCCUAAAAUCAAAAUUUACAAAACUUUUAUCAAAAAAUAAAACACUUUAGGCGUGGUAGUUUUCAAAGCAUUUUCCUUGACAAAGAGGGGGAAAACCCAGACAAGCACGACAGCGCCAUGAUGUUUGACCUCUUUUUCCGGAUUUAGAACAUUCUCUACACCUCAAGAAGUAACUUUUUCUAGAAUAGUUUUCGGAUAUCUGCACGGCUCUUUCUUGAGGCGCUACAUCCAAUUUUCUUGAACCUGAUGCGCAGUUUAAAGCUCCCUUUUUUACAGGUGCUCCUCCAUUUUUAAUGUGAGAUACACCUAAAAGGCUUUUUAUAAUAUUCUCACGAAAUUCUAGCAAUGUGAUUUUAUUUCUGUUUUCCUUGGUAAUUUCCCGGAAAAUUAAAAAGCUGUUUACAACUGUUAUAUCCAGCAAAUGAAAUGCACAUAUUUUCUUGGACAACUAUAAUAUGAUGUCAACUGGUCAGCUCUAUCGACACCAGACAUAUACUUAUUAUACAACAGACGAAAAACAAUGAAAAACACAAAGUCACGGUCUCACAACAUUUACUUAAAGCUGCACGUGUUUCGCUCUAUUCAGAGCAUCAUCAGCCCUAAAACAAUAAUAAUUAGUAUUGAAAGAAAAAAAAAAAAAAUGAAUAGAGCGAAACACGUGUAGCUUUAAGUAAAUGUUGUGAGACCGUGACUUUGUGUUUUUCAUUGUUUUUCGUCUGUUGUAUACGUCGGUCUCUUUGUGAAAAAUGGAUGAGAUUUUCUUAUUACUUAUUAUACUCUGCUAUUUUUUUUGGUUUGUUCUGAAUUUUCCGAAAACUGUUUUGUACUUCUAAUAGUGUAGGGUGAAAUUUUGUCGUUAUGCAAAGGACCUCACGCUUAUCUUUCCGCUUUGAGACGUAAAUCUUCCCCUUUCUUAGCCAAACAUGCUCUCCUUUUUUAAUUUUUUUUGUGGUUAUGUCCUUUGGAUUUCCUUUUCUGUUUGACCUAAGUGUUCCCGUUGUAUGUGUCUUACGCAGAAGAAAUUUAUUGAACAGGGAAACGCUAUUGUAGAAGUUAUCCAUAACAAGAUGAUGACAGGGUUUCAUAAGCAUAAGUACUAAUGAAUGCAAUUUAGGUGUGGCUGAUUCUGCCUCCUGUUUGCCCUUAAAUUUUAUGCCAUACUUGGCUUUUUUACCCUUUAUAUAUUGUCGAAAGCUAAGUCUUCCUCUAUGUAAAAGCAAAGACUCAUCUAAAGACAAGGCCUCGUCCGGUGCAUAGGCAUUUUGAUAAUUUUUUACAAGAGUUUAUAAGAGUUCGGUCAUUUUAUUUAGUCUAUCAUUUAUACCAUUACAAUUAAGACUACGAAGAAGUUGUUCAAAACGUCUUUCAGACAUCGCGCUUAAAAAAAUUGGGUGAUAGUACAAAGGGUCAUACGAAAAUAAUUUUCGUAAAACUGGAAACUUUAUUUGCGCUUGCAACAAGCAUAUGCCUAUAAAGCACUUUAACUCUUCCUUAUAUUUGUUUCCGAAAAUGAAGUAAAUCGACUGUUUUUGGCGUGAGGUCUAUUAGUUUUUUCCAAUUGUUUUCCAUACAAAUUAGUGCGUGUCACAAGCAAAUCCAUAACUUCCUCAGUCCACAAACAGUAAAAAACUUCAAUUGGUUCAGGUACAUGAUCAAAUGUAAGCUUUAUUCCCGCACUUCAAGUUGUAUCAAAAUUAUAAUUUGGUAUGUCACUUACAACAUCGAUCCAUUCUUCAUCACUAUUGUCCUGUGUGGCAUUCGCAUUUCGAAGAACUUGUGGCUCAGAAUAAAUUGAGUCACUAUCUGAGCUGGGCUCAUUUUCUGUUUUGCAAAAAUUCAGGAUCGCGAUCAUCAGAACCAGCAAAAGGGUCUCCUUCCUCACUGGUAGAAGUUCCAGAAGUUUUACAUCUGCCUGAUCACCCUCAUCUGACUUAACCUCGUCGUAAAAUUGCAGCAAUCUCUUAGUUUCCUGGGAGUCCAUAAAACUCUAAAAUAAAUAAAAAUAUUUUAAGUUGCAGGUAUUUUGCGGCUUAAAACGAUAAUCUGUGAUUUUUCUAAAUUAUUUAUGUAAAAACUGUAAUUUACUAAUAAGCAACAGUAAAUAAAUCAUUACUUACCAAUAAAUAUAGAUGAUACAACAACAAAAUUCAAACAGUUUCUCACAGCCGCAAAAAAACGAUGUUUGCAGGGACACUUGUAAAAACCUAAUGGGACCGGCCAGCAGAAAACGUCUGCAUAUGCAGCCCGAAAUAUCUAAACAGACAGGCUUAAACAAGUAAAUUUAUUUGAAAAUAUUUCACUUGUGGGACAAUUCUUAGAAAAUAAAUGCUAUGUAUAGGGACAUAAAACUCAAAAGUACAUAUACAACCUAACAAAUCGCGUCUGCAAUUGCAGACACGACUAUUUUUAUAAGGCAAAAUAUUGUCUGCUAUUGCAGACACGCGCGUGUGUUAAAUUCAUAAAAAAAUUAUCACAAACUCAAAAAAUACGAGGGUGAAUCAAAUAUGAACCGGACUUUGGUUUUAGUAAUUUUAUUGGUACAGUAAAUAAAAGUUUGAACACAUGUUAUUUUUCUACAUAAUCUCCUCUCUUAUUUACGCAUUUUUCCCACCGGAUCGGAAGUUUUUUAAUUCCUUCAUCAAAGAAUGAAGCUGGUCGUGUCAGUAACCAAUUGCGCACAAACGUUUCCACACCUUCGUCGUCGUCAAAGUGAUAACCUCCCAAUUCUUCUUUUAGUGGCCCAAACAUGUGGUAGUCACAUGGUGACAAAUCGGGACUGUAAGGCGGGUGUUCAAAUCGUGCCAAAAGCCUUUCACACACGGCAAGACGGUUUGCUUUCUGAUCUUCCGUCAAAAGGCGAGGAACCCAUCUUGCACACACUUUGCGGUAACCCAAAUUUUCUGAAAUGAUUGAUUGAGCACUUCCGUAUGAUAUUUCGACGUGUGCAGCAAUUUCCCACAAUGUAAGGCGGCGGUCACCUUCAAUCAGCUCACGGAUCGCACGAAUGUUCGCCUCAUUGAUGCUUGUCCUGGGUCGGCGUGCAUGGCUCUCGUUUUCCACUACCUCUCGGCCAUCGGAAAAUUUUUUGUGCCAGUCGUAGACUUGAGUCCUUGAUAAGGUUUCAUUACCGAACUGUGCAGUUAGUCGACGCAAAAUUUCGGAAGGUUUUACGCCCUCACGCGACAAAAAUUUUAUAAUAACGCGUUGCGCAACAGACGUGUGUACCUCUUGUUCAGACAUGAUGCUACUAACAGCUCAUCUACUCCGGUGCGCCAAACCGACUGACUCCCCUCCUCUUGACAUCCCUAUCUAGCAUAUAUCAGGACGUCGCGCCACUCGCUUCACCUAUGGCGCGCUAAACAGAAAAGUCCGGUUCAUAUUUGAUUCACCCUCGUACACUUUUUCGAUGAAAUCCUUAUACUUGUGCAAGGUAGUGUAUUUAUAGUUUUUAUGUUAGUUCUUCUGUUUAUUGGUUUUAAUUGAGCAAUUUAAUUUCUUUUACUGGCAACCCUUACACAAAAAUAGUUUAUUUAUUUUGUGGGAAGCUCUGUGAUAACCGGUAUCAUUACAACUUCAUUUCGACCACAUCACACAAUUAAUGUUAAUCGACAAACUCCGUUUCUAGUGAUAAGUACAAGUAAUUAUUUGGUCAUCGCUAAAUUAUCCUGAAUGUACCAAAAAAAGGAUAAAUGCCAGGAAAAGUUGUCAAUUGUUCAAAUUUUUCCCACCAUUGAUUCUUUUUUGUGUACGUUUCCGACCGGUAAUUCUCCCGGUAUAAUUUUUACUUUAAGGGACUUCGUUAUAGGGCUUUUAUUUACUUAAGGCUAAAUGUGGUAUUGUGCAGAAUAUUAUUCGUAUUCUUUGAUAUAUUUUUAAUUUAUUCGUUGUGUAUAAACGUAUUGUUUUUUUCACUUUUUACUCGCUUGAUUAGUAUUUUUAAAGUAUUAGAGAUCAUUAUUAUAUUAUAGUUAAUUGAUAAGCUUAAAUUGUGCAUUAGAUUAUAAUUCGGGACUGUUUUUUUCUUUAGAAGUUUUGUUUUAAUAUAUUUUUGUUAAUGCACUGGAACAAAAAUAUUUCUUUUGAAGAGUCAAACCUACAAAAAGCAAGUUUCGUGGAUUUUAGUCCUUUGUAGGGAUAGUUCCUUCUUAAUAAAUAAAGAAAAAGUACAAUUUACUUACCAACAUAUUUAAUGAACUAUUAAUUAAAACGUUUAGAACAACUACUUGGUGACAAUAUUUGGCUGAAAAACAACUUUCCUAAGAUUAUUCACCCUUUGCCAAAACUACCCUCCCGCUCAGUGGAAAUUACCUUUUACCAACCAUUGAAUAGCAUUUUUUUUCGGUUGUAUCUUAACAAAUAUUUUUGUUGUUCAGUGCAUAUUUUAUUUGACAUUAAAAAUCCCUAGUGCCAAGUUACAUUUGACCUAUUUUCAAAUUUUAUAGCAAAACAGUGUUUAUGUUAAAUUUGAUGCAUUUAUUAUAUAUUACUUAUUAAGGCAAGAAUACUUUUAGGCAAUGUAAUAACUAUUAUAGUAUUUUAUCUUAGAAAUUGUACACUUUCCAAUUAAUUAACAAAAACUAUAUUUCAGUAAGAGCAUAUUUUUUUUUUGUUAAUAUUUUAUAUACUUUAUAUGUAUGUAUAAAACACAAUGUAAAAUGAGCUUCGGAAAAGACUAAAUAUAUGUACCUAAUAUAAAGAUC